UAGCAUUUCUCAUUGUAAGUGCGAUUGAUUAAAGCUACGGUAGAUUAUUUGUUCACAAUCAACUUAAAAAACACUACUCGUGGAUUCUGCAAAAAUAAGUUUACCACUUGGAUCAUCAUGAUUUUGUUUUGUUCUACUUUGCGAGAACGGGCACCAAUUCCAUUAAAUUACAGAAGAAACAGAUAUGGUAACCUCAGCAGGUGGCAACUAAUUUGGAAUCGUCUCAUUCGUUCUCUAUUAACAAUAACAGCUUUUGAAUCCUAUUAUGCGAAUUGCUAGGUUCUAUCGCUGAUACUAAAACUAGCCAUGCUGUUCCAUAAGGGUACCAGAUCAACGAUACAGGACAGGCCAAAUAUACCACCAAGCUAGAAGUCAGCAAAUAGAAAGGAAACCUGAAGGCAUUGCACAGCAGGCAUUACAAGCCACUUUAAUGUCUUCUAAUUCGCACUAUUUCUUUAUCAUAAUUGUGGCAUUGCUCGAAACAGAAUAGCAAUCCAGUAGAAGCACAAAAACAAUGUUUCUGAUAGUUGUUGUGGCGAGUGUAGUAUAUUCAAGAGAAACAGAAUCAGAUCAUCAUAAUAGUCUCGCAAAAGUGUGGAAUUUUUUGGAACUUCGGAUUCUGGUUGCUAUUAGUCUCUUCUUACAAAUGCUACUCAUCUUUUUAGGAAACAGAAGGAAGUAUAUAGUUGAUAAAAGGCUAAAAUUGUUAAUAUGGUUCACUUAUUUGUCAGCUGAUUGGAUUGCUACUGUUGCACUAGGAAUUCUUUCCAAAGACACUAAAGAUCAUAAGACAGACCCCAACUUUCUAAUUAUGGCCAUUUGGGCACCAUUUCUUCUUGUGCAUCUUGGUGGCCCUGAUACAAUAACUGCCUACUCUCUUGAGGACAACCAACUGUGGCCACGGCGUACGCUAGAAUUAGUAUACCAGCUUGCAGUUGCAGUUUAUGUUGUUUACCGGUCGUGGAACAAAAAUCCCCUUACAUAUGUCACCGUUCCUAUUGUCAUGGCAGGAAUAAUCAAAUAUGGUGAGAGGACUUGGUCCUUGCGGUCCGGUAGCAGCAACGGCUUCAGAGAAUCUAUUCUGCCUCAUCCAGAUCCAGGACCAAACUAUGCUAAAUUCAUGGAUGAUUACACUGCUAAAAAAGAUGAAGGAUAUCAUGUUACUUUGGACGAAGUGAAUGAAACUACUCCUAUGGUAUUGGAUCAUAACUCUCAAGGGGAAACCAAUAUACCAAAUCCAAAUAUUCCAGAUGCUCAAGCUUUACAUGAUGGAUUCAAAUUCUACAACAUUCCUGAGUGCCUAUUUGCAGAUCUUAUCUUUAGCUUUCAAGACCACACAAACAGCCAAUUAUUCUUUCAGAAAGCCAUGUGGAAAGAUGCUUUUAAAGUAAUUGAGGUUGAGUUAGGAUUAAUAUAUGAUAUGUUAUAUACCAAGGCAGCACUAACAUAUUCCUACCGUGGCAUCUUCCUCAAAUCUGUGAGCUUUUUCUGCACACUAUCUGCAUUCUUCACCUUUUCAUUUCUCAUAUUUAAACAACAUUUAUAUAAUGAACUUGGUUUUAAAGGACACAAACACAUGAAUUAUGACCUGAUUAUCACUUUUGUGCUUUUCAUCGGGGCAAUUAUUCUUGAGAUAUACGCGGUUAUUGUUUUACUUUCUUCAAGUUGGGUAAUGAAUUGGAUGAGCAAGCAUAAGAAUAAGAGAGUAGAUCUUCUCUAUAAGUUUAUCUCAUUCUGUCAAAUUUGUUUCAAAGUCUCGCACACUAUCAGGUGGUCUAAUAAAAUGUCACAAUUCAACCUCAUAAGAUUCUGCUUGAAAGAUGAGCCCAUCAAAACUAUUGAAAUUCAGAAAAUCCUUCGAAUCCAUAAUUUUUUUGAGAAGUCUUACUACCAAAAAACAAAACGAGUCUCUGAGGGAUUGAAAGAACUCAUUUUUGACCAACUUAAGGAUAAGUCUGAGGAAGCAAUAAAUAUUGAAGCAUGUAAAAAGUUAUGUGCCCACAAGGGUGAUCGAGUUCUUAUCAAAUGGAACUGUCAUAUUCGAAACAUUAACCAGAGCAUUAAGGAGGUGGAGUUUGAUCAGAGCAUUCUGCUUUGGCAUAUUGCUACAGAUCUUUGUUAUUCUUCAGAUGAAGAUGAGUCUCAAAUCUUAAAUCCUGUCGCUCUGCAAAGUCGUGAAAAAAGCCAAUUGUUGUCGGAUUAUAUGUUAUAUCUUCUAGUUAUAUGUCCUUUUCUAUUGCCUAAUGGAAUAGGACAGAUAAGAUUUGAGGACACAUGUGCAGAGGUGGAUGAACUUUUAAAAGAGAGAAAAUACAUAAGAGAAAGAAGUAAAGUAUGUAAGAUGAUACUCAGAGUGAAUACAAAAAUUUCACCAUCAGAGGUUAAAGGUGAUAGAAGCAAAUCUGUGUUGUUUGAUGCUUGUAGGCUUGCCAAAUCUCUAGAGUCUUUAGAAACAGAGGAGAAUUGGUCCAAAGAAAGGAAAUGGGAAAUGAUAAGUAAUAUAUGGGUGGAGAUGUUGUGUCAUGCAGCAAGCCAAUGUAGAGGAUUUCAUCAUGCCAAGCAACUUAGCCAGGGUGGUGAGUUGCUUACCCAUGUCUGGCUUUUGAUGGCUCAUUUAGGCAUAACGGAACAAUUUCAGAUUUCUAAAGGUCAUGUAAGGGUAAAAUUGAAGCUGUCUUAAACUUCUUGUUACUUAAGUCUUUUUUGCAGUGUCACAGAUGACAUAAUAUAGGAGUGUGCCUUUCCAUUUUGUGUUGAACCAAUGUAAUUAAUGAUAUAAUAUUGGAAUUUGGUUGGUAUUUUGAUCCAUACGUAACACUUGGUUCUGAAUGACACUUAAAAUGAUGAAUUAUUCUGCCUUAUUUCCUUUA